AGUUGAUGGGGCAAUCCAAUUCCAAAUGUAGUGUUGAAGAAACAGAAAAGUUAGAAUUUUUUGGCCUAGUGUAAGUGCCUAAAAAUGUUUAUGGUGAACCCACCACUUACAUUAGGUGGUUAAUUAUGUAUAAUGCCAUUUAAUACUUAGUUUUUAGUGGAUUUAAAUAUAUAUUAAUUAAUUCCUUGAAUAGUUUUGAGAAGAUAAUAUUCAUAACGAAAUUUCGAUAUACCCUGAUUUUUUUGGUAAUAAGUAAUUACUAUUAUCAUAACGAAAUUUCGAUAUACACUGAUUUUUUUCUUUUUGAUGGAGCAAUAGUAAUGAAUUUAUCGUACCAAAAUUUCGGUAAUGGCAAUAGCUGCCCCACCAAAGCAAUCUCUCUCUCUCUAGAUUCUCUCUCUCUAUAUGUAUAUAUAUAUAACAAAGAUUAGCCUUCGGUACUCAUUCUGUAGUGAACAUAGAAAAAAAAAAUGGCCACUCUCAACCAUACUUUUAUCGUUCUGUUAUUACCGUUGCUCUUGCAGUUUUAUUCUGUUAAAAGUGAACUGCAGUUAAAUUACUACUCAAAGAGUUGCCCAAGAGCAGAAGAGAUUAUCAAAGAACAAGUCGCCAUUUUAUACCGCAAGCACGGAAACACCGCCGUUUCUUGGAUCCGAAAUCUCUUCCACGACUGCGUCGUUAAGUCAUGCGACGCAUCGCUUUUAUUGGACACGGUAGUUGGAGUGACGUCGGAGAAAACGGCGGCGAGGAGUUUCGGGAUGAGAAAUUUCAAGUACAUAGACACAAUAAAAGAUGCACUUGAGAAGGAGUGCCCCUUGACUGUUUCUUGUGCUGAUAUUAUUGCUCUUACUGCUAGAGAUGGUGCAGCCCUGUUGAAAGGCCCAGAAAUAAAAAUGAAAACAGGAAGAAAAGAUAGCAAAGAAAGUUAUGCAGCAGUGGUUGACAAAUUAAUCCCUAAUCACAAUGACUCAAUGUCAUUAGUUCUUUCAACAUUCCAAUCAAUUGGUAUUGAUACUGAAGGAACAGUUGCUCUAUUAGGUGCGCAUUCAGUCGGACGAGUUCACUGCAGAAACAUUGUGCAAAGAAUAUACCCGACGGUAGAUCCAUCUCUGGACCCACAAUACGCAGAUUACCUCAAGUUCCGUUGCCCUUCACCGAACCCCGACCCAAAGGUUGUCGAUUACGUGAGAAACGACCUCGAAACUCCGAUGGAGCUAGACAACAUGUACUACAAGAACCUCUUAAGCCACAAGGGAUUAUUGCUAAUUGAUUCGGAAUUAGUUUCUAAUCCAACAACUUAUCCAUUUGUGGUGAAAAUGGCUGCUGAUAAUGCUUACUUUCAUGAUCAAUUCUCGAGGGCUUUGCUCAUUUUAUCUGAGAAUAAUCCACUUAGUGGUGAUCAAGGAGAUAUUAGAAAGGAUUGUCGAUUUUUAAACCACUAAUUAACAAGAAACGGGCUUUUUUUUUUUGGUUGAAUAAAGUCGGGCCGGGUCAUGGGCCUUAUUCUAUUGGGCCGUUUAUUCUAUUCCCCAUUUGGACUUCUUAUUUAUUUUCUGAUACAACUUUGUAACUGAAUUUUAAUUUGUGUGGAAUCUAAGCCUUCUUUAUAUUUAA